AUGAAGAUGUGGUCGGGGUUACUCUGUUUGGUGUUGGUGCCUUUAGUUGCUGGGUUUGACAAGUUCUUUAUCAAUUUUGGUGGCUUCGUGUGUCCUAGAGAAGAGAAAGCGUUGGGCAAGUGUCUGCGAGAUGCCUUGAACGCCUACAUACCACAGCUAGCAACAGGAGUGCCAGAAUACGGAGUGCCACCAUGCGAGCCUAUGGUAGUGCCUGCUCUAUCUAUCCAGCAGUCCACGGGACCCAUCUCUGUCAAGUCCAGCUAUUCUGACGUCACCGUCAGGGGCCCGUCUUCUAUGCGGGUGAAGGAUGUUGACGUGGAUUCACAUCAGCACCGAGUGGUCGCGAGGUUGUACAUCCCUGAGCUGAGGAUGAAGGGUCACUACAGGCUCGAGGGCAAUCUGCUGAUGUUACCUAUUGAUGGAGAGGGCCAGUUCUCUGCCAAAUACGGUGAAAUAGACGCAACGGUGACCAUAGUGCUGGGUCGUCAGCCGCGUCAUAAUGACGUGGACUCCCUCAAGUGCAAAGAGUUGGAUGUCUCCUUCCACGUCGGGUACGCCUCCAUGAAGCUUGAGAACCUGUUCGGCGAUGAUGGCGAUUUGAGCAACACAAUGAACCAGUUCCUCAAUGACAAUUGGCAGAAACUACUGGAAGAGCUGCAGACUCCAAUGGAAGACGCUCUGAGAGACUUCUUGAAGCCGCUCGCUGACCACGCAUUCUCUACACUCAAUGCUGACGAUAUUCUGUCUCAGUAGUUGCUAGAUAAGUAGAAUUUGGAAGCCCGAGGUAGUUAACUAGUCAGAAAUAAAACGCAAUGAUUUGGGAUAUUCAAAGAAUAGGAAAUGAAAUUUUCAUUAUCUUAAGAUAUUCUUGAAAAUUACUUAGG